AGAUACCUGUAUGUGCUCCUUAAAUUGAAUUCCAAAAAAAUUUAAUUUUCUCAAAUCUACGUCGUAAAAAAGAUGUUUUUAAACCAAUAGCCAUGGACUUUGAAAAAGCACAUACAGCUAUUUCAAAUUACAGAGAAAAGGUUAUCUAUACUCUAAAACUGGAGCUUACUAUUCAAUUAAACCAGAAUAUGUCAACCGAGUUUCGGGUAACUUACAGUGACAUUUUGGCAGCAGAAAACAGAAUUUCCUCCUUUAUACACGAAACUCCAGUCUUUACAAGUUCAACUCUCAACAGAGCUAUUGGGCGCAAAGUGUUUUUCAAAGCCGAAAGUUUUCAGAAAACGGGAUCUUUCAAAGCUAGGGGUGCCCUAAAUGCGGUACUGAAGCAGAAGGCUAAAAACCCGAACCUACAUGGAGUUAUUACCCAUAGCAGUGGAAACCAUGGACAGGCGUUAGCAUGGGCCUCGACACUGACUGACCUGGAUUGUACAGUAGUGGUCACCAAGAACACCCCCAAAUCCAAAUGUCAAGCCAUCACAUCUUAUGGGGCCAAUAUUGUUUACUGUGAGCCGACAUACGCGGAUAGAAUAAAGACAUGUGAUCGAAUUUCCCGAGAAAAGAAUAUCCCUUACAUUUCCUCCUCUGAUGAUUAUGACAUAAUGGCCGGGCAGGGAACAAUAGCAACAGAAUUUUUGAACCAAGUUCCGCAAUUGGAUGCCAUCUUUGUUCCUGUGAGCGGUGGAGGAAUGGCAGCAGGAAUAGCAGUAGCAGCUAAAGCCAUCAAACCAGAUAUCAAGGUGUUCAUCGUGGAACCGGAAGGAAAGAUGUGCGAAAAUUGUCUCAGAACAGGAAAACGUCUCUGGCCUGAGACACCACAGUUCUUGGACACGAUAGCUGACGGGCUGAUUAUACAACAAUUGGGUAAACGGACAUGGCCGAUCAUCCUUGAACUUGUAGAGAAAGAUGUUUUUACUGUGACAGGAAGCUGCGCCUAUGGUCUUCUCUUGAUGGCAAUAUUUUGGAUCACUGAGGCACUUCCUCUAGCGGUGACCGCCCUUUUGCCUAUAUUUUUGUUUCCGUUGUUAGGAGUCAGCAAGGUCAAUACGCUAGCUUCCACGUACACUAAUAAUAUUAUCUUUGUUCUGAUUGGUGGACUCAGUGUAGCCAUAGCCAUAGAAAAAUGGAAUGUACAUAAACGGAUUGCUCUGAGGCUGCUCCUCUUAAUGGGAUCCCAGCCAAAAUGGUUGAUGCUUGGCUUCAUGUUGAUUACGUGUUUCCUGUCCAUGUGGGUAAGUAACACAGCUACAACGGCGAUGAUGAUUCCUAUAGCCCAGGCUGUCAUUGUUCAACUCAUGGAGACAAAACACAAACAUCUGAAAGAAGACAAAGAUGUUGAAGAAGCUGUGACAGAGACCUUGCUGACUAAAGACAAACUGAAAAAUGGAGGCAGUGUCGAAAACGACGAUGUCACUCAACUAAAUGGUUCAAACAAAGACAAGGUGGAAGUUUUUGAACAACCCGAAAAGACUGAAACUGAAUACAGUUUUGACUUUGAGAGUCUAGACCCUGCUUCAAAGAGGUUCUGUAAAGCAUUUUGUCUGUGUAUCUGCUAUGCGUCAAACUGUGGCGGAAUUGGAACCCUGACCGGUACGGGUCCUAAUUUAGUCAUUAAAGGACAGGCGGACUUGAUGUCUGAUGGUCAGUCGGUGAUAACUUUCACUUCGUGGUUCAUCUUCGGGUUUCCUAUAGCAGUUGUAACUUGUCUUAUUACGUGGGUGGUCCUCCAAAUUUACUUCUUUGGAGUCAAACAACUGUUCAGUUGUAACAAAGAAGAUACUACUCGAGUUCAAGAUGUAAUCAGGAUGGAAUACAACAAACUCGGAGAUAUAACAUUUGCAGAGAAAGCCGUCUUCUUUCACUUCGUCAUUCUAGUCCUUUUAUGGUUUUCCCGGGAACCCGAGUUUUUUCCUGGUUGGGGCUCUUUUUUCGAACAUGGGUACCUUGGAGAUUCGGUUCCUGCUGUAAUGAUUAUGAUCAGUUUGUUCAUAUUUCCAAGCAGAAGGAGAGAGAAGGGCAACUCUAUUGAUGAUGUCAUCGAAAUUCCAAGUUUACUAGAUUGGAAAACGGUGUCAGCACGCAUGCCCUGGGGUGUUGCCCUUCUUAUGGGAGGAGGAUUUGCUUUAGCAAAAGCAUGUACGGAUUCAGGCCUGUCCCAAUGGCUUGCCGAUCAAAUGUCUGCAAUAAAAGACAUCAAUGAAUGGUCGAUGGUAUUUGUACUUUCUCUGAUAGCUUCAUUUGCAACGGAAGUGACGAGUAACACCGCCAUUUCCACGCUGAUUCUCCCAAUCCUUGCCGAGCUCGCUAUUGGAAUACACAAGAACCCCAUUUAUAUCAUGUUACCCGCAGCCAUAUCAACCUCAUUCGCCUUUAUGUUGCCUGUUGCCACGCCCCCAAAUACUCUCGCCUUUUCCUAUGGAUACUUGAAAGUGAUUGAUAUGGUAAAAGUUGGGUUUAUUCUGAACAUUAUCUGUGUUGUGGUUGUAACGGUUGCCGUUAAUACGUGGGGGAUUCCUUACUACAAACUGGACGAGUUUCCUGACUGGGCUGAGAAAUUCCUAAAGACUUCUAUUGAAAUAAACACCAGUCUUCCCGAUAAUGGUACAACAAAUAUAUACACCACAAUGUGACGUUUUAAAGAUUAACUUCGAAUAUGUCGACCAUUUCAUAUCCAUCACCCAAAUCAAAUUGUUGAAUAUAAUAUUUUAGCUCUUGAUUUUUAUUGCGAGCUUUCAAUGUACAUUAUAAGAUUUGUUAUUGUCUGUAUUCGGAAACGGGUAAUUGCAGCCCAUAUAUGAUGAGGCCAAGUAAUAAAACUUUUGUGUUUUGAUU